UGAUAUAAAAUUUAGUAAACAAAAACGCAAGUCUUCAAGCAAGUUUAAAAACUGCUAAAAACCUCCUUAAAACCACAAAUAACAACUAUUAAAAUGGCAUCAGCUCCUCCAACGGCACAAUCAACACUUUUACCACUUGAGCUCGUGGACAAAUGCAUCGGUUCCCGAAUUCACAUCAUCAUGAAAAACGACAAAGAAAUGGUCGGAACUCUCUUGGGCUUUGAUGAUUUCGUGAACAUGUUACUGGAGGACGUGACGGAAUACGAAAAUACUCCCGAAGGACGACGAAUCACCAAAUUGGAUCAGAUUCUGUUGAACGGAAAUAACAUAACGAUGCUCGUUCCUGGCGGCGACGUUCCCGAAUAAAAACUUUCCAAUGAAUAAAAUUUGUUUUUUUAUGAUAAACAGAAGCAUUUUCUAUAUUUAAGGAAUUUUUUGGUACAACAAAACAAAUAUUUUUA